GCCGCAUUAUUUAUCUACUUUAUUCAGUACAAAAACAAUGAGUAAAAAACCAAUAUCGUUCGGCAAAAUCAGUUUUAAAGCAAACAAAUCCUCGGAAACAUCGGAUAGUGAUAAAAAUGAGUCCACAUCAGGGUUCGGAACGUUCGGGCGAACACCAAUACAAGACGCUAAGGAAAUCGAAGAGAUAGCUGUCGACCUAGAAAAUCAGCAUGUAGAGCAUGUGAUGGGCAUAAAAAAUUUUGGUAAAAAAGCUAAAAAUUUCAACAUUGAAGAAUUAAUGGAGCAAGCAAGAAAAACGGCACAAGAACAUAAUAAAAAAAGAUUAGAGGCUGAAGCUGCACAAUCUGCAGCCAAAGAUGUUAAAAAAAAUAAUGACAAUGAUGACGAUGAUGACUUGAUAGGACCUCCAUUACCCCCCAGCAUGGUAAAAGGGGAGGAAACAUCAUCAAAAACUUCAAAAGACGAUGAUUUAAUUGGUCCACCAAUACCAAAGUCGGCACAAGAGGCAGAAGAAGGUGACAAGGCAGCUGAAGGUGACAAGGAAGCUGAAGACAGUUAUGAUGAACUUAGUGGAUCGGAUGAUGAGGAACUGACACUGGAAAAACGUAUACCCAAUACUCAUGAGGUAGAGAUGCAUCAUGGUACCAAAGCAGUAGUAGCACUGGCUGUAGACCCUUCAGGGGCCCGGCUAGCUACAGGAUCCAUUGACUAUGAUGUCUCUUUUUGGGACUUUGCAGGUAUGGACUCUUCAAUGCGUUCUUUCCGAACCCUUCAACCCUGCGAGAACCAUCCUAUUAGAGCAUUGCAAUAUUCAGCUACAGGAGACUCUAUUCUGGUAGUCAGUGGGUCCGCACAGGCCAAAGUUCUGGACCGAGAUGGAUUUGAGGUGCUAGAAUGUGUGAAAGGAGACCAGUAUAUUACUGAUAUGGCCAGAACUAAGGGCCACACAGCAGCGUUGAACUCCGGAUGCUGGCAUCCUCACAUCAGAGAAGAAUUCAUGACAUGUUCCCAAGACGGAACCCUUCGUCUCUGGCUUGUAGAAAACCCAAAACAACACAAAGCAGUAAUCAAACCACGACAACAAGGAGGUUUAAAAACGAACCCAACAGCAUGUGCAUUUUCUAAGGAUGGUAACACUGUAGCAUGUGGCUGUUUUGAUGGCUCCAUUCAAAUGUGGGACCAUAGAAAGAAUUUUGUCAACACAAGUAUGCAACUCAGAGAUGCUCAUCAAAACCAGACAGAGAUAUCAUGUAUAUCUUACUCGUACCUUGGAUCUUUUUUGGCAAGUCGAGGCAAUGAUGACACUAUGAAACUAUGGGACUUAAGAAGCUUCAAGAAACCGUUGAACGUAUUUAGUGAUCUAUUUUCAAGAUACGAACAAACUGACUGCUCAUUCAGUCCAGAUGAUAGCAUGGUGUUUACUGGAGAAUCAUUACAAAAAGGACGGGAUUUUGGACGAUUGAUAUUCUACAAUUCAAAAACGUUUGAAGAAGUCAUGAAUAUUGAAGUGACAAAAUCGCACAUUAUCAAAGCCGUUUGGCAUGCAAAGUUGAAUCAAAUAUUUGUCGGUUGUGGAAACGGUGUUGUGAAGUGUUACUAUGACAAUAAGAAAAGUCUACGUGGUGCGAAACUGUGUGUCAUCAAGACUCAUCGGAAGAGACACUCCGUAGAGGUUGUCAGUUCUCAACAAAUUAUCACACCUCAUGCCUUACCAUUAUUCAGGCAAGAGAAACUACGGACAAGCAAGAAGAAAAUGGAAAAGGACCGAUUAGAUCCGGUGAAAUCUAGAAGACCAGAUUUACCAAUCACAUCAGGCCAGGGAGGCAGGGUCGCUCAGUCUGGUAGUACAUUAAGUUCAUUUGUCAUCAGAAAUCUUGGUUUGAGCAAGCGAGUUGAUGAUGAACAGGAUCCAAGAGAAGCCAUUUUGAAGUAUGCAAAGGAAGCAGAAGAAAAUCCCUUCUGGGUUGCUCCAGCAUACACAAAGACACAACCAAAGCCAAUUUUCCAAGAUGACGAUGACAAUGACGGACCAUCUGAUGCCAAGAAACAAAAAUCUUCAUAAAUAAAAUAUUGUAUGAAGUUUAAUUAUAAUUGAAUAAAAUUAUAUUUUAUUUUAAAUGUAUUAUACCUACUAAUAAAUAUUGCCCGUAGACCUGUCUUGUUG